UUUGCUGGGAGGCCUGGUCUCCGCCGAGCAGUAGUAGCUUGGUCAGCUCGGGGCUCAGAUCGGAGCUCGCUGUUCCUUCGUCCGUCGACCUCGAACGGGGACGACGAUGGAGGCGCGAGAGUACGUUUGGAAAGGGGCGAUCCCGCUGCAGAUCCAUCUCCACGAGUCCGAAGUCACCACCCUCCCUCCUCCGCCGCCUCUCCUCGUUCUGGCUUCUCGGGUUGGGUAUCUCCCGCUGCUGAUCCCCCACCUUAAGCCCCACUUCGGCGGCGCCCUCCCGCCCGGCGCGGACACGGUUUGGUUCGACUACAAUGGCUUGCCCUUGAAAUGGUUCAUUCCGACGGGAGUUCUUUUUGAUCUUUUAUGCCCCGAACCGCAGAGACCUUGGAAUUUGACGGUACAUUUCAGAGGAUAUCCAAGCAAUGUAUUGGUCCCCUGCGAAGGUGAAGAUAGUGUAAAAUGGAGUUUUAUCAAUUCUCUUAAGGAGGCUGCUUAUAUUAUCACGGGGAACUGCAAAAAUGUCAUGAAUAUGUCCCAGUCUGAUCAAUCGGAGCUUUGGCAAAGUGUGAUGAAUGGUGAUCUGGAAGCCUACCAGCAGGUAUCGCUGAAGCUUAAACUUGGUGUACUUGAGGAUGAGUACACUGUAAAGAAAAAUUCUAUUUCAUUAAGAUCCAAAGAAAGCAAUGCUGACACAGAUGUGGCUGGACAAGUUAAGACAGGCAGAAUUCCAGUCCGACUGUAUAUUUGCAGUGCUACUGAAGAUUUUGAUGAGUUAGAGGAUGCACCCCAAAUUGAUAGCUGGGACAAGAUCUCUUACAUAAAUCGUGCUGUUGAGGUUCUCAAAGAAGAAGGGAAAUGCUUCACACUAGGUGAUGCAGUGAAGACUCUUUUACCAGAGAUUUUUACGGACAAAUCAGUCAUCAAUGAGGAUUUGUCUAAAACAGAAGUUGAGGAUGACAAGAACGCUCCUUGUGUUUCUCAAGAGGACAACCAAGAUGCGAGUGGAAGUGCCGAAGAGAGGACAGAAGAAAUUUGUGCAGCUAUCAAGCCUCAUUUUUCAUCAAACACUGCUGAAUUAAAGCUUUUAAGAAUCCACGGCAUUGAGCCAAAAUUGGAGAUACCUUUCUCUUGGGUUGUGAACAACUUAAUGCACCCUGAACAUUUUCUUCACAUUUGUGUGUUUAUUAAACUUGCACAGGCAAAUCCUCGAUGACUAUGGGUCUUAUACUUGUUUUUCCCGUUCUAGUCGUUAUAUCCUUGAUCUCUUAGAAUGAGAAAUUUCUAGAAUUCAUUUGCUGUAAAGAAACUGUACAGAAAGUCACGAUAUAAAUACGGGGGUCUCGGUAUA